AUGGACCGGUGCAGCAACAACACUGGCAGAAUUAUUCACUUGGACGCACCAGGCGGCACCGGGAAAACGUUUCUAAUAAAUCUAUUGCUGACAGAAAUACGUGCUAAACAACACAUCGCACUUGUACUGGCAUCAUCUGGCAUUGCGGCCAUACUUAAGGAAGGACGAACUGCCAAUGCCGCCCUACAACUACCGUUGAAAACAGCCGAAGAACAAUUCCCGGUAUGUAAAAUAUCAAGAGCAUCUGCACAAGGCGAACUUCUAAACAAGCUAAAAUUAUCUUCUGGCACGAAUGCACGAUGGCACAUAAAAAGUCACUCGAAGCCCUGGACAGAACAUUACAUGACUUGCGAGGAAACUCUGAAGUGA